AUGUUACCUUUACUCAAGACUACAGUGUUGGUUACAUUACUUGCUGCUGUUACCAAUGGUACUCCCAUUGAAAAGAAACACGACAAAUUUAUUGUUCAUGAGCUUGAAAGUGCUGAAUUUAAUUUACAUGAUAAGAGAACCACUUCCGAACUGCAAUGGUUCUCUGACACUGGGGCAAGAUGGUUUACAAAGUUAAAAUUAGGUUCCUCGCAAGAACCUGUUAGAGUUACAGUUGAUACAGGCAGUUAUCGUUUGAACGUUCCUGUUCCUGGUGCAACUUGUUUAAAAAAGACAUGCGCACCAGAUGCAGUUUUCCAUCCAGAAAAUUCCUCCACGUUCAAAAACUUGACUAAAGGGUCUGAUCUGACUUAUAGUGGUGCAACUACAAAGAGUUUCAAGGCCAAUGACGAUCUCUACUUUGAUAAUGGUAAAAAAAUUCCUGGCUUUGAAUUUGAUGUCAGUUAUGAAAGUUCGGGUGAUAUUGGAGUCUUUGGUGUUGGUGAUGGUGGAGAUGCUAACUCAAACUAUGUUUUUGCAGCCAAGCAUGCUGGGUUGACAAACCGUGCCGGCUACUCAAUUUAUUUGGGAUCAGAAAAAGAUCAAGGUACAUUACUUUUGGGUGGUAUCGAUAGGGCCAAGUAUGAGGGUGAAUUGGUUCUUUUCGAUGCAGAGCAAAACAUUAAUGCGACAUCAGUAAUUACUGCAAGUGGUAAAGUUUUCCCAUUUACGAAAAAAGUUGGAUUUGAUACUGGUAAUGCUUGGGUUGCAUUGGAGAGCCUGAUUGUUGAUGGAAUAUACAAAGAAUUGGGUAUUGAUUCCCAAGGCUGGUUUGAUUGUGAUCGAGUUUUGAAUACAACUGAGAGCUUCACAUUUGAUCUUGGACCAAUCAACAUCACCGUCCCAUACUCAAGUUUCUUUUACAAACCAUAUCCAAAUUACUCUGUGUGCGCUGGGCAUAUCUAUAAAGCGCCAGAUAAUGCAGGUGCUCAAGGACUUGGACUUCCAAUCCUUAGAGAAGUUUAUUUUGUCAAGGAUUUGGAAACCAAGCAUAUUGGUAUUGCGCCAGUCAAACGUACUGACGAUACUAAUAUUGUUGAUUUUUGGUUCUAA